AACAAAACAGCAAGCAAGCAGGGAGGGUCACCUCAGGAUGGCUCACCUUUGGAGAUGGCUGCCCUUGGCCGACCCUUCCAGGUGGGGAUGCUCUAUGACUGUCGCACUGACUCGCUCAUUCCAGGUGUCACUCUGUGGGACUUGGAAAACCUUAAGAAGAACCUCAACAUUAAACCACAGAAGAAAACACAAUUCAAGGUCAUUACUUCAGACUCCUUAGAUGAGAAAACCUCCAUCUUAAAUGUGAUAGCCUCCCUUAAAGCGAGCUUCUUGUGUGGUUUGAUUGAGGUUGAUGGGUCUGCCAAAUACCUCAAUGACACCAAAUCAUCCAAACGUCAGUCCAGGGUCACCCUGCACUACAGCACGACCACCAGAAUGGAGCAGCUCAGCAUGAGCCACUUGGGGAAUCAGAACGUCGACUAUCCAGAAGUAUUUGAGCAGAAAUCUGCCACCCAUGUUGUCACGGCUGUGCUGUACGGAGCUCAGGCUUUUUUUGUAUUUGAUCAAAGCAGCUCUAAAGAAGAAGAGAGACAGGAGAUUAAAGGAAAAUUAGCUCUAACAAUAACAAAAUUUAUAUCAGUAAAAGCAAAAGGAGACUUAAAAAUGACAGAUGAGGAGAAGAAAACUACUGACCAUCUUAACUGCACAUUUUACGGUGAUUUUGCCCUUGAUCACAAUCCUGCCAGCUUCCAGGAGGCCAUGGAGAUUUACACCGAAUUGCCAACAAAACUUGGCAAAGAUUAUGAGCUUACUGUGCCCAUCCAGGUUUGGCUGUACCCACUGAAAUAUCUCUAUUCACAGGCUGCUCAGCUGGUAAGAGACAUCAGUGUGGCACUCGUGUCCAAAUCUCAGGAGGUCCUGGAGGAGAUAGACGAGCACAUCAUGAGGUGUAAUGACAUCAUGAAGGACAGUGUUGUCAAUGACUUUCCUGAAAUUGGGAAAAACACAGACCAGUUCAAAUCAAUACUUAAUCUAUUUAAAUGUAAUUUCCAAAGAGAUCUGGCGAGUGUCUUGCCAAGUAUCAGGGGAGGUGGUGCAAAUGAGAAAGACCUGGCAGACAUCCUGAAGAAGAAGGAAGAGUCACCAUUCAAGAGGUGGGCCAUAACAACAUGGCUGGAUAAAAGAGAAAAGGAAAUCACCAUGCUGAGAAGUUUCUUAAAUCAAAUUAAAGAAAGGAAUGUGAAUAUUGUUAUAAAUGAUCUAAAUGAAUUGCUUUAUGACACUAGGAUUGACAAUAUUGUCUGCUUGACUUUCACUUCACUCCAUGUUUGUCAGUCGUACAUGUCAGAAAUGGAGAGCUACCUUCAGGCCCCUUCUAGAGAGUCCUCAGAUAAAUCAUCAGAGCCGAGUGAAGAGUUAAUCAUCGAGAAGUUUAGACAGCAUUCCCGAUGGUUCAUUGAGUUUGCUGAAAUUAACCAAGACAACGAGACAAUGAGAUUUCUCGUCCACUCCAAGCCUGAUAUUGAUUAUCUUGGGGCGACGAUUUAUCUGUAUCAGUCUGGGCAGCUCAAAAACCGUGACUUUCAUAUUCCAUCUAAACCUGAGCCUCUUGUGUUUGACUCACAAACAUUAAACGCCAUAACCCUAAAAUUAAGAUGCAUAAAGUCUGACUCAGAAGUGUACAGAGUGGAAUAUAAGCGAACUGAAGAUGAAGAGUGGGAGACUGUGGACACAAGUAAUAAAAAUGAAAUCGUUAUGAUUACAAAGUUACGUCCAGCUUCAACAUAUCAACUCAGACACAGAGCUGUUUGUCAAGUGGGUGUGAGUCAGGCCAGUGAUACGAUUGAGGUAAAGAUACCACCUGCCAAACAUCAUGCAGCUAAACUCACUAUAAAACAAAAAUGUCAGGAGAUAAAAGAUGGAAAUCCUGGACUUUACCUUUUGCCUUUGAAAUCAGAGUUCAUAAACAACGAGAAAAAGAUAAGAAAAUGCACCUUUGGAGAAAGAACAUCCAACAAAACUAGAAAAACUAUUAUGGUCCUUGGGGCAACAGGUUCUGGCAAAUCCACCCUGAUCAACGGAAUGGUCAACUACAUCUUAGGUGUCGAGUGGGAGGAUGACUUCAGGUUCAAGUUAAUCCAUGAAGAAACAUCUAGAAAUCAAGCUGCAAGCCAGACGUCUGCUGUCACUGUCUAUGAAAUGAACUAUCAGGAUUGCUAUAAGGUCCCAUACUCCUUCACAAUAGUUGACACACCAGGUUUUGGAGACACCAGAGGAAUUCAUGAGAAUAGAAAACUUAUUGACCAAAUAGCUGAAUAUCUGUCAUCUACACAUACUUUCCAGCACAUUAAUGCAAUAUGCUUUGUGGUUCAGAACUUCCAAGCUGAACUGACACAGAAGUACAUCUUUGACUCCGUUUUGUCCAUUUUUGGUAAAGACAUAGCCAAUAACGUCCUGGUCUUGAUCACAUUUGCAGAUGGAAGGCGUCCACCAGUUCUGGAUGCCAUCACGGAGUCUAACAUCCCGUUCCACAAAGAUGACAAAGGAAAGCCUUUUUUUUUCAGAUUUAAUAAUUCAGUCCUCUUUGCUAAUAAUGACGAGUCUAAUAGCAGUGAUGAUCAAAUGUUUGACAAAAUCUUUUGGGACAUGGGUGCAAAGAGUAUGGAGAAGUUAUUUAUGUGCUUAGAGAAAAUGGAUAGCAAAAGUUUAGCGCUAACUAAAGAGGUGAUUAAGGAGCGCAAGCGCUUGGAGACGGCAGUUGGGAGGAUUGGAGCCUCAAAUUAAAGCUGGAAUGAGUA